GAAUUUUUUGAAUCAAAUGUGUUUCUUUUCUUUCUCCUUCAGAUUGCAGACAUGUCUUCUGCCAGCAAUCUGCGCUCUGAAGAUCAGUUUCUGUGCUCCAUCUGUCUGGAUGUGUUCACUGAUCCAGUCAGCACACCAUGUGGACACAACUUCUGCAAAACCUGCAUCAGUCAGCACUGGGAUAUAAAUGUCAUGUGUCAGUGUCCCAUGUGUAAAGAGACUUUCUACAUUAGACCUCAGCUGAGGGUCAACACCUUCAUCUCUGAGAUGGUUGCUCAGUUCAGACGUGAAGCUCAGCAGAAAGCCAGCAGCAGCAGCUCCAAGCAACAAGCUGCCAAACCAGGAGAAGUUCCCUGUGACGUCUGCACUGGAACCAGACUGAAGGCCCUGAAGUCCUGCCUAGUGUGUCAGACCUCCUACUGUCAGACUCACCUGGAGCCUCAUCUGACACUGAAAGGUCUGAAAAGACAUCAGCUGAUUGAUGCUGUGGAGAACCUGGAAGGCAGGAUGUGUACGAAGCACGAUAAAAUUCUGGAGCUGUUCUGUAAGACCGACCAGACAUGUGUCUGCAUGCUCUGCCCUUUUUUAGACCACAAGAACCACGAGUUUGUUCCUCUGAGAGAAGAAUAUGAAGGAAUGAAGGCAGAGCUGGAGAAGACAGAGGCUGAGAUUCAGCAGAUGAUCCAGAAGAGACGACUGAAGAUUCAGGAGAUCAAAGAGUCGGUGAAGAUGAGUAAAGAUGCCGCAGACAGACAGAAAGCAGAAGGUGUUCAGGUCCUCACAGCUCUGAUGGAGUCUGUUGAGAGACGCCUGAAGGAGCUCAUAAAGGAGAUCGAAGACAAACAGGAAACUACAGAGAAACAGGCUGAAGGUCUCAUCAAAGAUCUGGAACAGGAAAUCUCUGAGCUGAUGGAGAGAAGCUCUGAGGUGGAGCAGCUCUCACGCUCUGAAGACCACCUCCACCUCCUCCAAAGCUUCUCGUCCCUGAAAGCUGCUCCACCCACCAAGGACUGGACAGAGGUCAGAGUCCAUCCACCAUCAUAUGAGGGGACUGUGGUGAGAGCUGUAGCUCAGCUGGAGGAGACAAUGUGGAAACCCAUGAAGAAGAAGCUGUUUGAGGCUGAGCUGCAGAGGGUCCAGCAGUAUGCAGUGGAUGUGACUCUGGAUCCUGAUACAGCUCAUCCUAAUCUCAUCCUAUCUGAUAAUGGAAAACAAGUUUAUGAUAGUGAUGUGGAGAAGACUCUUCCAGACAACCCAGAGAGAUUUUCUUACUGUGCAAAUGUUUUAGGAGAGCAGAAUUUCUCUUCAGGCAGAUUUUACUUUGAAGUUCAGGUUAAAGGAAAGAUUGACUGGGAUUUAGGAGUGGCCAGAGAGUCAAUCAACAGGAAGGGAGAAAUCACACUGAGUCCUCAGCAUGGUUUUUGGACUGUAGCGCUGAGAAAUGGAAAUAAGUACAAGGGUCUUGCUGGUCCUUCAGUCCAUAUCUGUCUUCAUCCUGGUCCUGAGAAGGUGGGGGUGUUUGUGGAUUAUGAGGAGGGUCUGGUCUCCUUUUAUGAUGUAGGUGCUGCAGCUCUGAUCUACUCCUUUACUGGCUGCUCCUUCACUCACAAACUCCGCCCAUUCUUCAGUCCCAAUCCUAAUGAUGGUGGUAAAAACUCUGCACCUCUUAUCAUCUGUCCUGUCAAUCAAACUGAUCAAGGACUAAUUUUAUUUGAGGAACUGAUUGAUUUUUAUUGAAGGGAACAAAUGAACAUAUUCUCCUCUACAGUCUCCAUGUUUUCUAUAGAAUCUGAUUAUCAGGACUCUGAUUCACACUUUGAUUCUCAUGGAGUUUGAUGCAAACAAAGAAAAUUUGAAUCAGGAAAUGUUCCCACUGAUGGAGACUCAAGCUGAAGAGCAAAUAUCAGAGAGUAAAUGUCCAAAAAAGUUAUUUUGUGCUUAUUUUGGGGUCUGUGAGAAUUUUUGAUGAGUUCACUGAAAACUGAUAAGACAGGAUAAUAUUCAAAGAAUUCUGUAGAGAUUUAUACAUCCAUGUUCUCCACCUGGAGGUGUGGAGGAGAAAGGAGCAGGUGGAGCACAGACUGCUGCAUUCUUCCAGUCACAUCAUUUUGAUGUGAUGAUUAUAUUUCCAUGUUCUGAUGAUUUGGUUUAGAGAUAAAAAGAGAAUUGGGGAAUGGCUGCAAUCACAGCAUGAUUAAGUUCAAACACCAUCCAUCUAUUCGCUUCGGCUUAUCCUUUUCCAGGGUUGCAGUGGGCACUGGAGCCUAUCCCAGCUGUCAUAGGGCAAGAGGCAGGGUACACCCUGGACUGUGUGUCGCAGGGCUAACACACAGAGACAGACAACCAUUCACGCUCACAUUCACUCCUGCAUUCACACCUAUGGGCAAUUUGGAUUAAUCAGUUAAUCUAUCCCCACAAUAGCUUGCAUGUCUUUGGACUGUGGAAGGAAGCUGGAGUACCCGGAGGGAACCUACGGGGAGAACAUGCAAACUCCACACAGAAAGAUCCCGGCCUGAUGGUGGGAUUGAACUCAGGACUUUCUUGCUUUGCGGCAACAGUGCUAACCACCAUACCACCGUGCUGCCUAUAUUCAAACACUCAACAGAACAUUUCAUUGAGAGAUUUUUAUAGGUUUUUAAAGCUGUGGGUUAAUUUUAAAGUAAAAUGAGCCGAGAGGCAGCUGCAGUGCUAGGCUAACGCUAGCUAGCUAGCUAGCAAGUUCCAAAAGUUGA